GAAGGCGGAGCGAGGGCUCCCCGGAGGAGCCGGUCGGCGUCGGCGCUGCUGCUGCUGCUCUGCUGUUCCGGCGGCGCCUCGCGGGGUUGCCUGGCGAGGGCGGGAAGCGCCGCUCCGUUGUCCCGCCCGAGAGCGCGGCGUCGGCGAGCUGCAGAAGAAGAAAGGCGGCCAUGGAAGGCAGCGGGGUAAUGGCGGCGCUCGGGGGAAAGGGGUCGGGAAGCGGGAAACGCCGCUCUGCGAGGGGACGAGGCGGGUCGAGGCCCAGAGCCGCCUGUCAUCGGUGACCUUGCAAGGCGUUGCCAACGCCUGCGGUCUCCGCCGGUGGCCGGCCUCUUCGUCCGGCGCCCGGAAAGCAGCGUGCCUCUGAGCGCGUGCAGAGCGCUCCCCGCCAGCGCGCUUGCUGCGGGGCGGCCGCGCCUCCUCCCUCGGGGCGGGGAGCGGAGGGAAAACGCUUCCACGGGUCUAAAUUUUAGAAAUGGAUCCCCACCCCCUGCGCUCGAGAUAUUCCCCUUCUUCAAGGUUUAAUUCUUGCUCUCGAGUAGCAGAGGUGCCAGUCUUGGAGACUCAAAUAGCUAUAUAGCUGCAAAUAAAACGUUGUCAAGGCGCGUUAUACCAAAGAGACGCCAGGUGGCGGUAGUGAGCCACGGUAAAUUCAAGACAUUUUUCAAAACUUUUUUUUUUAAAGCAUUUUUGCAACUUAUUUUUACACGUGUCUAGAUUCCAGCUUGGGCGGCUGCAAGGCGAAUGGUGCGUGCCUCUUCGAGCUUGCAGUUUCUUGCUCCGAACUUGCCUUGCCAGUUGUGGCCGUAGAGGCGCGCACACACCUCUGAAUCUCACUUAAUGCUAUCGUGUGCAGAAGCUGCACCAGCGUACUUCACAUUGAGUUUGCAUCCUCAUAACUCCAUUUCGACUCUGGCAAGAAAUCAUGUCAGUGGAUACUGGAGCGUAAUCAAACUAAAUUAGGAGAGGUUGUCGUCCCUGUCCCCCCGGCAAAUGUAAUAUAUUUUGUACAAGGGCCCACAAUGAAGAGUGGUUGUCAUGGCUUGGGGCAAGCCAGGAUGUAUGUAUGUAUUAGAGGACUGGGUGGGAUUGCUUUUGGGUAUUGCGUGUCAUUGGUUUAAUCUGAACCUGAGCUCAGUUGCCAUUCUUCCCAGCUGGAGGCUUCAGAAGAAGUCUUGAGCCCCUCUGUCUGGUUAUAAGUUAACAAAUGACCCCCAAUAAAAUCGUUAUCUGUGUGUUUUUCCUCAGAUCCUCCACGCUACCCCAGUUACUAGGAAGGAUUGUCAGGUACAUGAUAAUCAGAAGGGUGGCAAUCGCCCUGUGGAAUUCUAAUAAUAGGGGUGUGAUCAUUGCGUGGCACCCAGGAAGCCCCAGAGAAUUUUAGAAUGAGGGUGUGUGACCUGGAAGGCCAUUUAGUUCAGUCCCUUGCUCAGUGCAGGAACUUUUAGGAUGUGCAGUGUGUUUCUGCUUAUGCGAUGCGUAGCCUUGGCUUUUUCUCCAGUGACUGAAUAGCAUAAAUAAUAACAAAAAGCAUAGUACAGUGGUACCUUGGUUUAAGAACAGCUUAGUUUAUGAACAACUUGGAUUAAGAAUGCUGCAAACCUGGUACAAACCUGUUUUGGUUUGUGAACUUUGCCUUGGAAGCAGAACAUGUUCCGCUUCCUGUUGAGUGUGUUCCAUUUGUAAAUUGAGUCCCCCGCUGCUAUAGGAAAGCACGCCUUAGUUUAAGAACGCUUUGGUUUAAGAACGGACUUCCAGAACAGAUUAAGUUCAUAAACCAAGGUACCACUGUAAUAGAAAUAAACUCUACUUGGAAUAAUUGUGUGUUAGAAUUUUUUGCAAAUGCCUCAUUUGCAACAUGGCUUUUGCAUCUCUAAACUUGGAAGACCUUAAAGAAUUCAGUUUUGAAUAAUAUUCUGUAAAUGUGUGUGUUAUUUUCAACAGAUUACAAAUACGCUAGUAAACAAAAUUGUAGCACUUAGCUCAAGUGGAAAUGUAUUACAGUGGUGCCUCGCAAGAUGAAAUUAAUCCGUUCAGCGAGUCUCUUCGUCUUGCGGUUUUUUUGUCUUGCGAAGCACAGCUAUUAGCGGCUAUUAACAGCUAUUAACGGCUAUUAACGGCUUAGCGGCUUUAAGAAAAAGGAAACAAACUCGCAAGAACUCGCAAGACGUUUCGUCUUGCGAAGCAAGUCCAUAGGGAAAUUUGUCUUGCGGAACGACUCAAAAAACGCAAAACCCUUUCGUCUAGCGAGUUUUUCGUCUUGCGAGGCAUUCGUCUUGCGGGGCACCACUGUACUUUGACAUUAAGAACUCCAGGGAUUACUUAGUCAUCUCUAAGGCUGCCCAUGUACCUGGGGCUAAGAGUUCAGUAGGACUUAAUUUCAAAGUGGACAUGGCUAGGAUUACUCUGUUAAACACUGACUUGAAACGGAGCGCCUUUGCUGCAACUGAUACAAAUUCAGGCAGCAUUUAACUUGUGAACCCAGUAAAAAUUCAGACACUCUCUACGCUCAUACUUUAUUUUUCAGAAAGAAAAGGAAGCACCACCAUCCAGCCUGUAUGAACAGAACAGUGAUGGGUCGCAUGACCAUGUGCAGAGGGACCUUUCCUCUUCUUGCCGUUGCGAGGUAAGCUGUUAAAAGGAAGUUUGUUACUGAAAUAGCUAUGCCCCCCCCAUUCCAAAGUUUGUCUCUGCAAACGGAGACAAUAUAUUCUUAAAUAUUAAAGAAUAAGACUGUUGUUAUAUCACAAACUAAAAAAUGCACUCCUCCUGAUUUUCCGUCUAAAGGAGGAUGGGCGCAGUCUGAAGAGCAACUUUGGUUCACACAAGUAAACCAGAGUCAAAUUUGUGCCUUCCCCACCCCACAUUGAAUGCGUUGUCAACAUCGCAAACUGUUUUUGAAACUCCCCUCUAUUCCAAAAGGAAUUCAUUGUGCCAUAUGUACAAACAAAAUAGCAAACAGAAUAGCAAACAGAAACUGAUUUCACUGUUGUUUGGAUGCUGUUCAGUAUUCCUUAAAAUUUGCUGAUGUGAUUAAACUCUGAUACAUUUCCCAUGGUGUCUAUUUUAAGUAAUUUAUUGCAUUUAAAAAUUCUUGUUUUGAUAAUGUAAGUCAGGGAUGGAGGUCCUGCGUUGGACCACAACUCCCAUAAUCCCUGACUAUUGGCUUUGCUGUCUGGGGCUGAUGGGAUUUGGAGUCCAACAACACUUGGAAGGCCACUGGUUCCCCAUCCCUGAUAUAAGCAGCUGUGUUCUGUUUCUGAAACAGAUGUAUUUGUCUAGCAGCACGCAUUUACUUAAUGUUAUAUGGAUGGUGUUUUUAGGAAACAAGACUUGUGCCAUACCUAACUUCUGGGGAAGCAGAAAAACUUUGUUCAGUUAUUCAGUCCUGUGAUUUGAGUUUUAAGAGAGAUCUUGAGACAGAAACAUCCAGCCAACUUGGAAAGUAUUUGAGUUCUCUAAGUGAAGAAGUGGACAGCUCAGAUAAUCAUGUAAGAUGUGCAGGAAAUACAAACAGUAUUAAUAUAAAUCUUGAUUUUAUUUUAUUUUUAAGUGAAAACGUUAUUCAGCUAAAUGUUAAAUCACCUAAACCUAAAAACCUAUAUACGUUCAUGGAACUAUAGUUAACGGUAUCCAAACAAGUCACGAUUUAGAAACCCGUUUUAAACCAUAGUUCCAUGUCCCACUUUGUUUGGAGACCAUCAACCAUAGCUUCCUCAUUUGGAUUUAAUAUGCAACUGUGGUAAACCCAGUUUGUUUCCCCACUUUCACCAGCACAAAAGUUGUGGGUGGUGCACAAAUCUCAUUUGUAUCCCAGCUUAUUAAGAUACUAUUCAUGAGAACCAAGGCAGGAUGUUAAUCUGGGGAGCCUUGAAAACAAAUACACAGUUAUGUGAAGGCUACGAUGAGUGAAAUUAUAACUAAUAAUCUCCCUAAAAACCAUUUCCUGCAGAGACAGAUUCCUCUAUCCUCCACUCUUUCCACUCCCUUUUAGCUGGCAGAAUGUUCAACCCAACUGUCAUUCUCUGCUCAUUUUAGUUCCCCCUCCCACUUCACAUUCCACCCACACCCACCCACCCCCGCUGAAAUCCCCCACCCCCGCAAAAAAAACCACUGUAGCCUUCGGAGUUACUUGAGAACAACAAGAUUAGUAACGGAAGCCAUACUUCCCUGGAAGAUAUGUGGCCUUCACAGCUAAUGCCCCCACACACACACACAAUGUGGAAGGGUGAGAUAAGCACUUCGUGGGAUGAAUUCCUUUUGCAAACUGCCCCCAGGAAUAUAAUUGCAAAGCACUGUAUAGCUGAUUAUAAUAUCUAAAACAAAACCACGCUCAGUUCACAAAAGGCAACUGGCCAGGAGGUCUGACGUGUGUCCUGGCUAAAGUGCAUGCACCCGGAAACAUUUCUCAGCAUACUUUGCAAUGCAUUGAUUUUUUAUUUUUAUUUUUACUGGGAGACGCUCAGGGUCCCCUUUGUCAGGUGGAGUGGUGUUGGAAAGGUUCCUUGCAGAUAAAUGGUACUGGUGCCAUUCAAGGUGUUGCUUCACCAGUAAUAAACAUGUUCUCAGGCUGGGUGUGUCAAAGGUUGCAGUGGCUGAACACCAUGAAAAUGAGGUUGCACUUGCGUAUAACACUAGGGCUUCUGAACUAGGAUGCCUGUAAUUUUUUAAGAAGCCAGCAGUUUAGAUGUUUGAAAUUAAACUACUAAUAAAAUUACUACUUGAAGGUAUUAUUUUUAAAAUAAAUAAAAAUGAAACAUUUAUUCAAAUGUUACAAUACAGUUACAAUAAAUUUUCAAUCACUAUCCCGUCCACAGACACCUCUGUGAUGAUGGUGGCAUUAAAAUACCCUGUUCUUCAAUAAAAGAGGAAAAGGGGAGAUCAGAUCAUGUCAAAAGGUAUCUUUUUUUGGAGAUGCCUUUGAUUAGUCGUUGAUGGUAUGUGAGGCGUUAUAAUAGAGCAAUACUCAAGAUGUUCCAGAUGUUAUUAACCCAAGCCUCUAUUGGUAUUUUAGAAGUUUCCUUCCAUCAUUGGGCAAUAACUAGUCUAGCUCCUGUGAACAGGAAGGAAAUUAAUUCUUUAGAUUUAAUGUGUAGAAUUUGGGGUCAAAUCUAAUGAUAAUAGGACAAGUGUCAAAUUAGGAGGGAUAGAUUGGUUAGUGAUUUUGGAGGUCAGAUUAAAAAACUUUCCCCCCAAAGGCAUGGACCAUGGUAAACUCCCACCAAACGUGAAAAUAUUUCCCAACAUAAUGGUGAGCUUAAAGGAUUUAUCUUUGCAAGGUGUGUGGGGGUACAAUGCCACUGAAAUAUAAUUUUAAAGGAAACUUCCUGGAGGCGAGCCGAAAUUGUUUUUCAAGAUGGAUUUUGUCAUAUUGAUUCCCAUGCUUUUUUGCUUACUGAUUCCUAUGUCGGGUUUCCUAUCUCAUUCGAAUAUCUUCCGCGUUUCUUACGAAGCUUUCUAAUAUCAUACCAUAUAUCACUGAGACUGCCCCUUUUGUGUCAUGGCUAGGUCUGUUACUGAUUCCAAAGGUGCCAAGAGUCUCAAAUCCUCCCCGCUUUGUUCCAGAUACUUUGCAAAAGUGCAUAGUUGAGGUAAAGGUAAAGGGACCCCUGAGCGUUAAGUCCAGUCGUGGACAACUGGGGUUGCGGCGCUCAUCUUGCUCUAUAGGCAGAGGAGCCAGCGUUUGUCUUCAGACAGCUUCCAGGUCAUGUGGCCAGCAUGACUAAGCCGCUUCUGGUGAACCAGAGCAGCGCAUGAAAACGCCAUUUACCUUCCCACCGGAGUGGUACCUAUUUAUCUACUUGCACUUUGACGUGCUUUCAAACUGCUAGGUUGGCAGGAACAGAGACCAAGCAAUGGGAGCUCACCCCGUCGUGGGGAUUCGAACCGCCAACCUUCUGAUCGGCAAGUCCUAGGCUCUGUGGUUUAGACCACAGCGCCACCCGCGUCCCAUAGUUGAUGUAGCCAGGACCAUUUUAUGCCUUUUGUCUUUGCCACCAGGUCCUCCUUUAAAAUUGCUUUACUUUUUAACAAACAGAUCUCUUAAUUCCAGAGAAAUGAAUUGUUUCAAGAUCUAUGAGUUGAUUAUAUUUGUCUUCAUGUUUGCAUCAGAAAUUGUGCUGCUGUGGUGCGCUUAGCUGGAAUGAAAUAUUCAUGCCUUAAUAGAGAAAUUAAAAUAAUAAUUUAUUUGUCAGACAAAUGAUAGACACAGUGGUAUAUGGUUCUGGCUCUGCCCACUCCAGCCUGACAUGCAGCACUUAUAUUUCCUCAGCCCAGCCUUGCUCCUCCUUUGGCUGCCUCUGUGUCCAGCCUGGUUGUUCUAUUGGCUGUUUUGAUAAUCCUCAAAAGAUACACACUUCCUAUUACCUUUUAUGGGGAGACAAAACUAUAUUUCUUCUAUCCAUAAAUGCUGGACAAGUAGCCAUAUAUCUUACAUUUGCCUCGACAAAGACACCUUAAUUACCAGAUCACCUUUUGCCCCUGUUGUCCCUGCAUUCCAAAGCAAAUGACUAAACAGCUGGCUCAUGGUGGCCAAAUUUUGUCUAAACAAGGAUCUUGGGUUCACGUUCUCACACACCAUCAAUGAAAUAAGAAUCUAACAUAAAGUCUAACAUUUUCUUACUCCUCAGUCUUUACUUAAUUUACAUUAAGCCAAUAAAUCUCAUACAUAACAUGGUGUUUUUGAAGAAAGGCCUUUGCAAAGUAAAAAAGGAACUCAGUAAAGCAACCAAAAUAAGCCUCUUCAGUUACACCCCCUUUCCCAAUGACUGCUUUCCCCAUUGCCCUUUAACUUUCUCAGUAUACCUUGACCUUAGAAUAUGCUAGCAUAGGUCUGAUGGAGGCACAUGUGUCUGUUAAACAAUAAAUCAUAAUAUUUACAACUCUUAAUUAGUGUUUUUGCAGCUUGGUUGGCAUUCUGUAAUAUGCAGGUCAGUGUAACAUUUGCUCCAACCUGUAAUUCCUCUUGCAACUUUGGCUGUCUCCUGCUACUGCGCUAUAAAUCAGAAGGCAUGUUCAGGAGAGCAGGAAGAUAAACACCCGAUACUUAGCCAGCUGGUUUCUGCCUGACAUGGAACAUACAAACAUUUGCAAAUAUAUCUUUAAGCUCAUUUUAAAAUACAGGCCUUGAUCAGAUGCCUCAAUCUAGCAGAGGCAUCAGUGCUGAAGGCCUUGAAGGUAUUCUGAAAUUUCCAGGCAUUAUUACAAACAGGAAUUGUGUGCAGCCCUUGGAUUUUGGUCUUCCACACACCCCUACACAACCUGGCCCGUCUUGUUGUACUGUAUGACGUUUUAAGAGGACAGUACAAUGCAUGUAACAAGCUGAAACGUGGACUUGCUGUGUCUUAUCGUGUCGAUAGGAGGAGACAGAAAUGUUAGAAUCUCUGAAGUGCAAGUUUGCUAUCCUGGAUUGCAUGCAUUUUGAUGCAGAGCUUUUUGAUGCAGAUGAUUUGGUGGCUCUGUGUGUGUGUGAAAGAGAGAGAGAAUAAGCAGUGAAGCCAAAACAUUAUUUUAUAAGCUUCCAGAACAAGAAUGCUUGAAGGAGAACUGGGGUUCAUACGGCCGACUUGUGGAUAAACACAGGACCAGGAUGAAGGAAGCCUUGCCUUGCCUUACAGGGGAAUCUGAGGAGAGUUCCUUGGAAGAAACACAGAGUGAAAGUGAAAGAGAAAGGUAUGCUUUUAAGUUGAGUGGUGCUUGUAACGCAGCUCAGAUAUUUUACCCUAGAACAUUUCCCUAAAGCUAUUCAUUUAGGGGAAUGCCAUGCAGUGCCAAUUACAGUGGUACCUCGGGUUAAGUACUUAAUUCGUUCCGGAGGUCCGUUCUUAACCUGAAAUGGUUCUUAACCUGAAGCACCACUUCAGCUAAUGGGGCUUCCCGCUGCCGCCACGCUGCCAGAGCACAAUUUCUGUUCUCAUUCUGAAGCAAAGUUCUUAACCCGAGGUAGUAUUUCUGGAUUAGCAGCAUCUGUAACCUGAAGCGUCUGUAACCCGAGGUACCACUGUACUUCCAAACUAGAGCUAUCUGAAACAUGGGUUUAACAUGUGUGCUGUUCCUACACGUUCUUACAUUUUUUAAAAACUUUUUUUUUAAAGCACACAGAAGUUUUAUUUAAUACUCACCAAUUUUCUGUUUGAGUCUCAAAACUUAUUAUCGUAAAACAAACCAUAAUUUGCAUAUAUGUUUUGCAGUGUGCACACGUUCUGGCCAGCCCCUAACUUUCCAUGGCUUCAUAUUGCAUAGAUGCCCUAUGGAUGCCCAUGAUACAUGUUUACCCUAAGCAAAGUAAAUGCCCUACGUGUGAAAAAGCAUUAGGUGAAAUGAUGUACUAAGUCCUCGCGAUUCACAAAAGGAAAGAACCACUGUGGAAGUCUCCAAGAGGAUAAUUAACUCUUACUUUUGAUGGGACGUUAGGCUUUGUGUUAGUAAGUGUGCCCAGCCACUGGCUGAAUUGCAGUUAGCAUUUAAAUUAAGGUUAUACAGAGUAACACGGGCACAGUUUUUCCUAAUAAACAUUAGUCUUUUGUUUAUAGGUUGUGGGAAGACACCAUUCAGGACGAAGUUGCUUUUCAGAAAAAGCUCCACGAAGCAGAGUUGGCAAUUGGUUCAGCAGAAAUGUUCCUGCCGUCUUUUAAAGAAACUCUAACUAGAAUUUCAAAGGUAAGUUUGCAUUGACAAUUACUGAAUGAUACUUGGUUGCAGUAUGGCCUAAGAACAACAGAGUUCUGUUCUUGAUACUGGAUUUUCCUGAAGCCCACUGUGCUCAGUUCAGCAGAGAGCUGCCCCUGGGUUGGCAACUGGCAGAAAAUAUGUGCCCUUCCUUUGCAUGAAUGGAAGCAUCUUUCUCUCAUGCUAUGACUUUGCUAUAUCCAAGCUUAUGCUGUUUGCUGCUGAAACACAAAAACAUUGACUGCCGUUAUGCAUACAGUUUGAAGAAGGAAUAACAAGCUUUGAGUACUUUAAAGACUAACAAAUACAUUGUGGCAGAAGCUUUUGUGGACUUCAUCAGAUGCUCCAUAAUGCUGAUGGCACAAGUUUUUGUAGACGAUACGCCACAACAAAAUUUGUUAGUCUUUAAGGUGCUGCAAGACUCUUUGCUGCAAAAGACUAACGCAGAUACCCUUCUGGAAAUUUUGAAUCAGGUAUGUUAAAAUGAUGUGUCUUGUGUCUAGCUGCAAUUCAACCUGUGUCUGUAGACCAAGGGCUGGUGAAUAUUUUUCAGCUGCAUUCUUAUCUAAGCAACCUUCCUUGGGCCAUGUGCUUAGUGGUGGAUGAGGCCAGAGGGUAAAAUCAGGUAAAGCAACAAAAUUAAAUUUUACCUUUGUGGAGUAAUUCAUAUGAACACUCACACACCUUCACAGACACCCUCUAUCCUCCAUUCAGACGACCAGGCAUCAUCUGAGUGCAAGGACACAUUCCCUUCAGACAAAACACUUGAGAUGCAAGCAUGGCCAGUGAGGGAGAGUUUUGGGGGCCAGAUUGAUAGGCCUGCAGAGCUGCCUUUGGACCUCUGGCCUGAGGUGUCCCAGCCUUGCUAUCAUCUCUGCUCCAGAACCAGCAGUGCUGCUUUGGUUUGGAGAAAAGCUAGUUACAGUGGUACCUUGGGUUACAGAUGCUUCAGGUUACGGACGCUUCAGGUUACAGAGUCCGCUAACGCAGAAAUAGUACCUCAGGUUAAGAACUUUGCUUCAGGAUGAGAACAGAAAUUGCGCAACAGCAGCACGGCAGCAGCAGGAGGCCCCAUUAGCUAAAGUGGUGCUUCAGGUUAAGAACAGUUUCAGGUUAAGAACGGACCUCCGGAACGAAUUAAGUUCUUAACCCAAGGUACCACUGUAUUUGUGACAGGCGUCAUAGCAAAAUCGUUUCCUAUCGUUUUGUAUUUGUGAUCGUUCUGUGUGUUCAAAUGAUGUAAAAGGUUUGUUUUAUCAAAACGGUUCUGUUUUAAGGUUCUGAACAGUGUCACACUGGUUUGGGCAAAAAGAGGGUUUUCUUUUUUUACAAAACGACUUAUCUGCGAUUUAAUAUUUUUGUCAGGCUUGUUACGUUUCUGCAGCGGAUAUGAUAAAGAUUUCUAUGCAAGAGGAUUUACUGGUAAUGGAGCUAGGGGCUCUCAAAAAUAUGAAGGGACUGUUACAGCAGCUACUUAGGUCAAGCAAGGAAAAAGAAGUAAGAGAACGUGCACAGAAACCACAACCAAGUAUAGUAUUUAUCAACAACAAGUUUUAAGUAUUUUUUUUCAUUGUUUGAAGUAGAAUUUUCAAAGAAGGAGGUGAAUUCACAGAAAAAUAAAAUGAGAUGAUAAUAUAUCAAGCAGUGUCCUGAGACAAGGGGGGCAAGCCCUUGCGUUUGUUGGCCCAUCCCGAUAAGUUUCUGUGUUGCUCUUUGUUUGUGUCUAGCCCAGGAACUGCUUUUGAUUAGAUGCUUUUAUGAACAAGGUUUCUAAGUCUCUUGCUUUGUGCAGCAGAGCUGUAGCUCAUUCUCCCAGACGGAUUUGUCAGGUGGCCAAGAAUCCAUUCCCCUCGUGCGCAGGGGCAAACUACCAUAUUUUUUGCUCUAUAAGACUCACUUUUUCCCUCCUAAAAAGUAAGGGGAAAUGUGUGUGCGUCUUAUGGAGCGAAUGCAGGCUUCGCAGCUAUCCCAGGAGCCAGAAAAGCAAGAGGGAUUGCUGCUUUCACUGCGCAGCGAUCCCUCUUGCUGUUCUGGCUUCUGAGAUUCAGAAUAUUUUUUUUCUUGUUUUCCUCCUCCCAAAACUAGGUGUGUCUUGUGGGCUGGUGCAUCUUACAGAGCGAAAAAUACGGUAGAUCCAUCUUGCUGCCACCAAAAGAUUCCCUGGGUUGCAGCAGAUCUGUUUACAGACCAGAGCUGCACUUGCCUACUUAACAGCAUCAGGUUUGGUUUGGUCUUCCUUGCCAGUUGAUCUGGGUUUCGGCUUACCACUUAGCACAGCAGCCUGUAACCUCCCUGUUGGCAAGCAGUGUGCUCAUGAAGAAUGUCAAUAUGCAAGCAUUUUCUUCACAUAACUGCAUAUUGUACUUAAAAUGCUUUGGCUUAUGCUAACACCUGAAUCCUGCACAAUGUCGUCAGGACCCCAUUAUCAACUUUCCCUGGGCUGGAACACAACCUAGACAAACAUCUUCUUAUAAGAAUUAAACCUUCAGUGCAGCAACGAAGUUGUUCCUGAACUGAAACAGGGCUGAGUUGAUAUCCACCUGUCCAUUCUCUUGGCAGGAAAUUUAGUAUCUGAUAACUUUUUAGAAAAAGAUUUUCGUAUAUGUGGAGGGCUGUAGGUUGGGAGAGAGCGGGCAGGUCUCACAUGCACACAAACAGAGGUCUUUUGAACAAGAGAAACUCUAAUAAUUUUAAUUUUUAAAUUAUUAUCUUAUAUUGGAUAUUGCCCAUUGAAUAGAAUACUCCUUUAAACUAUUACUUGGAUAAGAAAAAAUAAGUAGAAAAUCUCUUCUCUCUCUCUCUCUUUUUAAAGAUCAAUUAAUAAAAUAGACUUUUGGGGCUUAAAAAAAUGACCUCUAAACACAUCAGAUUUUAAUUCACAAAGGAACUUUCUUAUCUGCGCUUGUAGUUUUUUCUUUUCUUAGUUCUUAACUGUAAAUAGAGGGCAUGGUCACUUGGAAUGUUGGGAGUUUUAUGUCGCAGGAAGUACAGUAUGUUAAACAUAAUAUGUUGUAUUCAAUAUUAAGUGACACUAAAUCAGUUUUGUUUCAUUUUUCUUAUUUUUAGAUUAUCAGUACACAGAUUGAAGAUUUGAUACGGAAGUUGACUGAAAGCGAAACUGAAGCUGUAGUAAGUUCUGUUCUUUGGCAUGUCAUCAUUUCGUUUCGUGAAGGCGACACCACAGCCUGUUUUAGGCAUUUUAAGCAGUUGCACAUACGAUGAGGGAGCCAUGCUGCAUGUUGUCUGUAUUAUUUUUAUUAUUAUUAUUAUUAUUAUUAUUAUUAUUAUUAUUAGCAGACACAGGAUGGACACUGCAGCAAGGAGAUGGCUUGUCCGCUCCCAAGGAAAUGUUCAUACAUUAUUAAUAGACAAAGCAGCAUUCGCCAAUUUGGGUGGGAUUUCCCAUCACUUCACCUAACUAGAUAGGUGGCAAAUACCCAAAUCUUACAGAUAGUUCCCCUUUUCUGGGCCCAGAGCCCAACACUCCCGAGCCGCCAGAUAGUGAUAACAUCAAGGCAAACCAAUUAGUUUCUAUCAAAGCAAGUGGCUAUACGCAUAUAUGAGCCCACGGCUUUAACAUCUACCAAUUAAUUGUAAGGUUAUCUUGACUACGAAGAUGUCAUUCUCAGAGCUUCUGGGGAAAGUUCACACAGUGUUUUGACUAUUUUUGGGCCUGCUGAUAUUUAAAUGAGCCCUCUGUCAUGAAAGCCAGUAUACUUUCGAUCCUUGUUCUCUCCCCCGCCCCCCUCGAGUUACAAAUCCUUGGCUCUCUAGUAUGCAAAUAAUAAUAAUAAUCUGGUUUUUUUUCCUUUGAAGGAACUCAAGCAUGAAGUGCUUCGAAAAGAAAGGUAUAUUUUAGAGCUUUCUACUCAGCUUCAGCAUGAGAAAGUAAGUUAGCAUUUCCCUUUGUACAGCUGUUUUACUUCACCUGCCAUAAGUUUAUGUUUACCAAAUUACAUGAUUUGACAACUUUAUCAAUCUCUUGUGGUUCCUGCUAGUUCUAAGCUAGAUUUUGGUGUGUUCCGAUAUUUCAGUACGUUAACUUCCAGAAUGAGAGUGUAGCUGUGCAGUCUCAGACUUGUCUACUCAGAAGUAUCUAUAUACUCAAGUAUCAGCUGAGCCGAAUAUAAGCCGAGGCACCUAAUUUUAGCACAGAAAACUGGGGAAACGUAUUGCCUCAAGUAUAAGCCGGUUCACCACACCACAAACCUGGUGGUGGCGGCAGCGGCGGAGGAAGAACAAGCAGCCCAAAAGGGCUGCUUUCGGGCUGCUCGUUCCACCGCCGCUGCCCACCUCACUCGAGUACAGUGGUGCCUCGCAAGACGAAAUUAAUUCGUUCCGCGAGUUUUGUCGUCUUGCGAUUUUUUUCGUCUUGCGAAGCACGGUGUCGGGAAAGUUUUGGAAAAGUUUCAAAAAUCACCAAAGUCUUUAAAAACCUCAAAAAAGGCUACCACACCGCGUUCUAUGAGUUGCUCCUCGAAGUCAAGUCGCAACUGUAUUAACAGUGUUAAGAAAAAGGAAACAAACUUGCAAGACAUUUCCGUCUUGCGAAGCAAGCCCAUAGGGGAAAUCGUCUUGUGAAGCAGCUCAAAAAACAAAAAACCCUUUCGUCUAGCGAGUUUUUUGUCUUGCGAGGCAUUCGUCUUGCGAGGUACCACUGUAUAAGCCGAGGGGGGCUUUUUCAGCAUAAAAAAUGUGCUGAAAAAGUCGGCUUAUACUCGAGUAUAUAUGGUAAGUCCCACUUUAUUAAGUGGAUCUUAUUCCCAGGUAUGUAAUGUGUUUAGGAUUGCAGCCCAAGAGUGUAUAUCUUUUACUAAAAUAGGUGUUUAGUUAUCCCCUUACCUGUUAUUUGAAAUGUAUGUGCAAUAGGAUUGUAUUGAUUUUGUGGAAUGUAUUAAUUGAAUUAUUAUUUCCUCUCCUUGGGUAUUGAAAUUUUAUUGAUAGGCAAAUGUAGCAUUUAAUUUUUUUAAAAAAAAUAUUGCUGGGUACUUGUUCAUAUCAUCUGUUUGGGGUUUUUUUUAAUUAGUGUUUUUAAUUUCUUCUAUUAAAGUUAGCUGCUUUUCUUUCAGAAGGGCGCAACAAUGGAAUGUCUAGGCGCGCUUAUUUAUAACUAGAAUACAAAGCUGGAAAUGAAUGAACGGCAGCUAAAAUCUUAUGUUCAUUUUUCACAUGGUAUAGACCUCAUCAUGUUUCCCCUGCCUGCCCCCCUAAUAUUCUUAAGAGGGUCCCUUCUUCAGCCUUCAGAGAGUGGCUGGAAAUGGGGAGGCAGAAAAAGGUCCCCCUUUCCUUCCGCUCUGCAGACAAGCCCUGGAUUCUCCCUAUACCCCAUUUCCUUCAUAUAAAUAUAUAUUUUUGGCACCACAAGUAACACAAUAAAGGCCUAUACAACUGAUGGCAGAGACACCCACAUUGAGUGUCCAGUUCGCAACCCUAAGACUUAAGGGUCCUUCAAUGAUCCCACUCCAAAAUUUGUUUAGAUUUUAAGCAUCCCUGUGAGCGUCUGAAGUAGAUAACACUUUAACAUGCACUACUUAAACCAUCAUAACUAACUGCCUAGCAUAUUUCGAAUUAAAAGCACACCAUACAUUAAAAGUACAUUCAACAAGGCAACUGAAACCUAAACAAAACAUGUUGGGUUAAAAGAAAAGCAAGUUUUCAGGUCCCCAAUCCAUGCACGUUUUACUUGGGAGGAAGCCUCAAUGAACUUGGUUGGGAUUUACUUCCGAGUAACAGUGGCCAUUUUAAUCUGAAAUCUUAGACACAGUACUGCACCCAGAGCUCAGAAACUGCUCACGCUUAUGAAAUUCCCUGUCGCAAAACGUGCCUAGAACAAUGGGAGUUUCAAACGCUGAGUAGAUCAACCAAGGCUUCCCAACUGUAUAACAACUGCAACAACAAAGUGACUUUUCCCAUUUAAAUUAGGCUGCCUGAAUGAAUAUAAAGUUAACCAGGAGGUGACUGUUAAAGGACUCCAUUCAGUUCUGGUGCUGAAAACAAAUUCUUAGACUUGUAACAUGCUCAGAGGCAACUUGCUGUUUCAAAUCUUGUUGGAUGUCUUAAUACCAGUCCCCACUUGGUAGAUCCCAGGGUUCUAAAACAAAGGAAAAAUUGAAGUAGAUCUAGCAAGUCUAAAGUCUGCCCGCCCCUUCCAUAGAAUACGAAAGUUCAUUAUAGGUGCUGCCAUGUAGACGUCAUAAUUUAUUAUGGGCUUUGUUUUAUUAUUUUAGGCUAAUGUGUUAAAAGCAUCUCGUCAUUCCGAAUCAACACAGUUGGUGCAGACUCACUUGCAAUGCCAGAUAGAGAGAAAGGAGGCUGAGAAUAAUCAACUGAGAACAAAAUUUAAGGUUACUGGUUUUUGUUGGUUUUGCUUCUUUGAUCGAUUGAUGAUGGGGGGUGUUUUUGGCAGUGUUGAGGAGGGUCGCUAUGGAUUGAAGUUGCCAGUCACAAAGCAGCUAUAAAAAUUUUAAAAAUCUCAGGUGCACUCUCUAAAUUUCACGAGAAAAGCCACAAAUCUGUUAUAUCUGUAUCAGCCACAUUCUGUCAAAUAAUUCACAAAGCUAUAUCUGCAUUGGCACAAUAAUUGCUUAUUUCAAGAAAAACCCUCUACACCUCCAGUCUGGAACUAUAAAUAUAGUUCAGUUGACCUAUGGCCAUAAAUCAUUGCAUUUAUGAAUAUCCCACCCCGACUCCGGGUCCACGUAAAUAAAAUGGGAAUGCUUUGUUCAUAGAAAGAGUUCACGUGUAAUCUCUGUGGACCAAUAUUCCGAACUGAAGAAGCCUCUAAAAUGAGGUCACCAGCUUCUAAGUGUCCUUUAUCUCAGGUUGAUUUCCUUAAAUCUCUACCCCAGCCAAAUACUCCCACAAACCAGUCCCAUCACUGGGGACAAUCUGCCUUGAAGCUCCAAAGCUCAUCCGGUAGUACAUCUGGCUGCUUGAAGGUUGGCGGUUCAAAUCCCCACAACGGGGUGAGCUCCCGUUGCUCGGUCCCUGCUCCUGCCAACCUAGCAGUUCGAAAGCACUGUUCGAAAGCGCAAGUAGAUAAAUGGGUAGCACUCCAGCGGGAAGGUAAACGGCAUUUCCGUGCGCUGCUCUGGUUCACCAGAAGCGGCUUAGUCAUGCUGGCCACAUGACCUGGAAAACUGCGGACAAAUCCCGGCUCCCUCAGCCUGUAAAGCGAGAUGAGCGCCGCAACCCCAGAGUCGUUUGCGACCAGACUUAACUGUCAGGGGUCCUUUACCUUUUUUGUCUGGAGCAAGAGAAAACCCUUGAGCUUGGAGAUCAGACAACGUGCUCAGCCUAACCCAAGGUUCAGCUCAUGGCAGUACAGCAUCGGGAGAAGUGGAGGAGAAGAAAAGUAGCCACGCUCCCCUCCUUAGUUGCUCACACGCUUGCCCUUGAACACUCAGCCAUGUUUUGGACUAGCGUGAUGUGCACGUCGGGCGUAAAGAUUUUUUUAAAGCCGUGAGAUGGAGAAACAUGAAAUAAAUAAUGCAAAGACUCACUGUUGGUUAUAUGAGCUGAAAUACUUUUUUUGUGUGAGGUGUUAAAUUCUUUUUUUGUAAAGAAAUCAGAUUUUUUAAAAUUAAUUAAUUAAUUAAUUCAUUUCUGUACUGCUUUAUAUUUUUAAGAAAAAUCUCAAAGCGGUUUACAGCGUGUAAAAACAUCAAUAAAACAAUCCAGAACCAAACAUUUUUGAAGAAAGUCAAAUCUAGAGUGUACAGUCAAAGCAACAUAAUUAACAGAAAACUAAAAGAUUUCAAAAUAAAACAUUACAAAGGUCAACUACAGAAUACAUAUUCAAUGCAAACAAAGUUAACAAAAAAAAUCUUAAACAUUUCCAAAAACAACAACACCAUUGUGAAGUCAAAUAUAAAAUACAUAUUUAAAACAGCAUAAUUAACAAGAGAAUAAGGUAUUAUCAUAAGCAUGACAAGGCUGUUUGGCAGGCACAAAAAGAUGGGGCAAAGGAAUCCAAUAGUUAGGGUUUGUUGUCAGGCAUAGUGAUGUCCCUCUGGUCUCGCCAGGAGCCUCUUCAGUAGAGCUGGGGAGUCUGCCCCCCCCCCCCCGCCCCAAGGCCAGGUGGAAAAAGGCCUUGCAGGGAGCGGCCUAUAUUUAUAUUUAUACCUGAGAUUCCCCAUACAGUACCUUCUUUUUUAAAAUGGCCCGUUUUUACAUAUUGAGAAUUGGCGGUAAACUGAAUUGCUUUUACAAAGAAACUUACAUAAAACUGCUGUUGGCAACCCUUUUCACUGGUAAUUUCUUCUCAAAUGUUUCUGUAAGCUUUGUAUAAGGAUGCUCCAACCGCAGUCAGCUUCCAUCUACCUUUAGCCUUCAAAUACAGGAUUAGUAGUGCAACUAUAUAAAAUCUUAAGUGCAACCAGACUUUAAUAUUUGCAGAUCUUUUGAAAAAUGUAGAACCACUUACUGUACAAGCUGGUGUUUUACCUAUGUUUUCUCGUGUGUGUGUGUGUGUGUGUGUGUGUGUGUGUGUGUGUUUUCUCUGGUCAUGCAAGUUGUGAAAUGGUGACCUCUUGUGGGGACUUGAUAAAUAACACCAGUGUCCUCUCGCAAAAGGCAACUUCCGUUUGCCAGCAGACUUAACCUUUCUAGGUCAGGCCUCCACAACUUCUGGUGUUGCCCUUGUGAAUUGCCCUUGGACAAUAUUUGGCUGCGUUCCAGGCCUGCCACAGGCAGAUUUCACAGAUACCAGUAGUAUGUCUCAUCAGGGACAGCAUCCGUUGGAACACAGACACGCAGCAUCACAGAGGAGGGAUCAAACAUUCAGAAAUACACGCUUGGACAGGAACGCACGUGUAGAGCCACUCGCACGAUUGGCAUUUCCACUUAUUCUGACUCCAGUGCUGGGCUGAGGGGAAAUGCUGUUCUUUUUUUUUACUCUCAAAGAGCAAUUAGGGGUUUUUUCUCCAACCUAAACACUGUGAUGCUUUUGUGCUAAGGCUGAAUAUCCUCUCCAAAGGGUAGCCAGAGGGAACUUUUCUCUCCUGACUGGGAGAUACAGCUGCGAAUCUGAUGGGCUGUUUAGUGUGUCUUGCUGGGUCAGAAAUGACCUCCUGGCCUCAGAUUAGCCAACCUGCCACUGCAGUUUAAGUCAGUCUACAGAGUUUGACUGGCACCAAGUACUUCAGGGUUCAUGUUUUCAACAUUGAACAGAAUCUUCAAAAUACAGUGGCGCCUCGCAAGACGAAAUUAAUUCGUUCCGCGAGUUUUGUCGUCUUGCGAUUUUUUUCGUCUUGCGAAGCACGGUGUUGGGAAAGUUUUGGAAAAGCUUCAAAAAUCACCAAAGUCUUUAAAAACCUCAAAAAAAGGCUACCACACCGCGUUCUAUGAGUUGCUCCUCGAAGUCAAGUCGCAACUGUAUUAACGGUGUUACGAAAAGGAAACAAACUUGCAAGACGUUUCCGUCUUGCGAAGCAAGCCCAUAGGGAAAAUCGUCUUGCGAAGCAGCUCAAAAAACAAAAAACCCUUUCGUCUAGCGAGUUUUUUGUCUUGCGAGGCAUUCGUCUUGCGAGGUACCACUGUACUUCAGCAUGUGUUUCGAUGUAUUUUUUUUAUUUAAAAAAAACAUUGUUAAACUAUUUGAAUUAACUUUCACAUGUUACUUUAAAUCUGUUGCCUUCAGUGCUCUGAUGAACCAAAUCAAGCAUCUCUGUUUUGUUUUGUUUUGUUUUGUUUUGUUUUGUUUUGUUUUGUUUUGUGUCUUCUGUACUCCAGUUUAAUCUUUUAUACAUACAUGCAAGCGCAAACACACACACUGCCCCCACCCGGCUAAUGUCCACCUCAAACUUUUCAUGUUUGGAGCAUAUAAUAAUCUUCUGUAAUUCUGAUGCAGAUGGUAGAAAAGAACAUUACAGAAUGGAAACAGCAAGUCGGAGAAUAUAAGCAGCAGAUUUUGGCUGAAAAGGACAGAAGAAAGGAGAGGCGGAUUGCUCUGAAAAGGGCAGCUAGUGUUCAGAAACAAAGAGCGGAACUGUUGAAAGUAGCUGUGGAGAGCUUAAUUUCCAAAAUUAGAGAGAAGGUGAGUGAUUGGGGAGGGAGCCAUGGUUUCAAAUUAAUGAAUAAACUGUGAUGUUAAUCUCACAAAGCAGCAACAGGAGACCUGUGGUCCUCUAGUUGUUGUAGGAUUUCCAACUCCCAUCAACCCCAGCCAUCUUUGCCAGUGGUCAGAGAUGAUGGGAUUUGGAGUCCAACAACAUCUAGAGACCCGCAGGUUCCCUAUCCCUGUCUGAAAGAACGUCAACAACGUCUUGAUUUAUAAUAGCGGGAACUUUCAGGGGCAUACUUUGCUUUCUGUGUCCAUAUUAAUAAGUGUACACGAUCAGGUAAUAGACUUGAGAUGUGUGCAUGUAUAUACUGGUAGUUUGGGUGUAAGAAAAUAUCUGAGAAGGUUAUGUUCUUUGGUUUGGGGAAUCCCGCCUAUGUGUUCAGCUCAGCCGGCCUCUGGUUGGCUGGAGUUAGCAAGCCAAGGUACCGUCUCCAGUCGUUUGAGUACACAGGCCCUUCAUCAGCCAAAGUAACCAGAUGCCAUCCUACUAAACUGCGUGUAAAAACCUGAAAACAAUCCUUUGGUGCUGGAGAUGUGAAAGAAGUGUGGGAGCCCCCUGUGAGCUGCCCUGAGGUUUUUCAUGGAAGAGUUGAAUAUAACUUGUACAGUGGUACCUCGGGUUACAGAUGCUUCAAGUUACAGACUCCACUAACCCAGAAAUAGUACCUCGGGUUAAGAACUUUGCUUCAGAAUGAGAACAGAAAUCGCGCAGUGGCGGCAGCAGGAGGCCCCAUUAGCUAAAGUGGUACCUCAGGUUAAGAACAGUUUCAGGUUAAGAAUGGACCUCCAGAAUGAAUUGAGUUUUUAACGCGAGGUACCACUGUGGGUAAAACCUCAGCGCCUAGGGCUUGCCGAUCGCAUGGUCGGCGGUUCGAAUCCCCACGGCGGGGUGAGCUCCCAUCUUUCGGUCCCAGCUCCUGCCCACCUAGCAGUUCGAAAGCACCCCUAAGUGCAAGUUGAUAAAUAGGUACCGCUUUAUAGCGGGAAGGUAAACGGCGUUUCCGUGUGCUGCGCUGGUGCCGGCUCGCCAGAGAAGCUUCGUCACGCUGGCCACGUGACCCGGAAGUGUCUCCGGACAGCGCUGGCCCCCGGCCUCUUAAGUGAGAUGGGCGCACAACCCUAGAGUCGGACACGACUGGCCCAUACGGGCAGGGGUACCUUUACCUUUACCACUGUAUAGGAAAGAUGAUGCCACUGAAAACUCAUUUCCUACAUGAUGAAAACUUGUGAGGUGACGUAUUCUGAAAUAGGUGUCUAAACCGUUACAUUAGGAAGUGCAGCUUUCUCGCGGUUGAAGUGCAGAGUGUUUGAUGACCAGGACAUUCACAGGGAAACCAAAAUUUCCUAUUUUACUACCAACCUUCAGUACACUUGAUUCCAUCAACGGUGUCUCCGAAAAAUUUUACACAUCACUUGGGAAGACAGGCGAACUAAUGCCAAUGUACAGGAAGAAGCAAAGAUCACCAGUGUCAAAGCAAGUGACUCUUCAACAUCAACUUCGUUGGACUGGUCAUGUUGUGCAAAUGCCAGAUUAUAGUCUUCCAAAGCAACUACUCUGUUCCGAACUUAAAAAUGGAAAGUGUUUAUAGACUCUCUCAAGGCAAAUCUUUAAAAAUGUAGUAUAAACACUGACAACUGGGAAACACCGGCCUGCGAGUGCUCCAACUGGAGAACGGCCUUUACCAAAGGUGUGAUGGACUUUGAAGACGCUUGAACUCAGGACGAAAGGGAGAAGCGUGCGAAGAGGAAGGCACGCUUGGCAAACCCUCACCAUGAUCAACUCCCGGCCGGAAACCAAUGUCCCCACUGUGGAAGAACGUGUGGAUCCAGAAUUGGCCUCCACAGUCACUUACGGACUCACUGUUAAGACCAUAUUUGUGGAAGACAAUCUUGCUCGGCUAUGAGUGAUCAUCAAAGAAGAAGAUAAUUAGGGACAGGAAGCUUCAAGCUGGGGGUGAAAUGCAGCCCUGCAGGCUUUCUUCACUCCUCCAUCAGCUCUGAAUUGUGCUAGUUUUAUUCCAUUACUAGUUUUAUUCCAGAUUUAGAUGCAGCGGUCUGCCCACCCCUCUACAAGCCUGCUUAUUUGACCACAUGCAGUUCAUCACUGCCCAUGCCUACCAGCUGACUGCUUUUGUGCAGAGCUGCUCUGGUGGCAAGGCAUGCUCCAAGUGACUUGAUUUAGAAAUACUGCUUUAAAAUUCCAAUUGUAAUACUGUGUUCCUUGCUGUCAGUGAUGUCAUGGGCACUAGCCAAUCAGGUGCCCGUAGCAGUUGAAGAGGAAGAAAAGUAGCCAAGCAACAGACUAAUCCCUGUCUACAAAUGGCAUAGGAGAUAUGAUCUGGAGUAUUUUCUAUAACCAAAAAGCUUACAGGCAUGGCCUCAUAUUUCACAGUUGGGAAAUGUCUGUAUAGAACUUUCAAAUACCUCGUCUAGGGAAACGCUCUUAGCAAGUUUAAAACUUCUGUUUUGCUGGAAAGUUAGUACAAUCGCUUAGGUUCCAGCUGAUUCUUGUGUUUCAGGAUUUUAUUGGUGUGUGUUUAUGUCGAGAUUUCAAGCUUUUAAGUUUUUACAUUAUUCCACACUACUGCAAUACACCUGGAAACUGCUUUGAAUGAAAAUACCUCCUGUGUCUAGGGAAUCGGGAAGAAUUAAACAGAAAAUGAGUUCUUAUAUUACAUGGUCUGUGUUUUGUACAUUCUCCAGGAAAUCCAAUUGUCUGAGGUACUUUCAGCUUGUAAUGUCUGGAAAAGUCAUCACGAGGCAGUGGUAGAUGAAAAAACCAGGUUAGAAGUUCAGGCUGAAACUCUGAAAAAGUAAGUUAAUGCUUAAUACCUCUUUGCAAAUAAUCAGUCUCUUUAUUAAAAAUGAGGAACUGGGCUAAUAUGGUUGUUCUAGGAUUUUGCAUGUGCUUUUUUUAGUCUGCCAUCCCCAAGUGUGUUUACUUGACAACCCUUCACUGUGGGAAUGGGAUGGAGCAACAUUUUCAUCAUCUCCUAGCCUGCUGUGUUUUCAGUGCUAGACACGGAGGAAAGGAAACCAAGCUCACCUUUAACGGUUAUGGUUUCUCCUCCCCACAACAACAACAACAACCAAAAGAAGAAAAAUGGGGGAACUGUUGCUAGUCAAAGAACUGCAAUUCCUAGCAUCCUUAAACAACUACAGUUCCCAUGAUUCAUUAGAGGACUCCGUUAACUGUUAAAGUGGCAUAAGAGCACUUUAAAUGCAUGGUGGUGUAUGUGACCCAAGCAGGAUAGCAAAGGUAUGGGUGUGGAUUGCAUGAGGUUCUGGUGGCCAAACGCAUGUGAUCGUACUGCUAAGGUAAAUCGUAAGUAAGGUCAAUGUGCAGUCAUAAAGUAAAGGUAAAGGGACCCCUGACCAUUAGGUCCAGUCGUGACCGACUCUGGGGUUGCAGCGCUCAUCUCGCUUUAUUGGCCAAGGGAGCCUGCGUACAGCUUCCGGGUCAUGUGGCCAGCAUGACUAAGCCGCUUCUGGCGAACCAGAGCAGCGCACGGAAACGCCGUUUACCUUCCUGCCAGAGUGGUACCUAUUUAUCUGCUUGCACUUUGACGUGCUUUCGAACUGCUAGGUUGGCAGGCGCAGGGACCGAGCAACGGAAGCUCACCCCGUCGCGGGGAUUCGAACUGCUGACCUUCUGAUCGGCAAGUCCUAGGCUCUGGUUUAACCCACAGUGCCACCCGCAUCCAUGUACAGUCAUACUUCGAGUUAAAUAUGCUUCAGGUUGAGCGUUUUCAGGUUACACUCUGCGGCGACCCGGAAGUAACAGAAUGUGUUACUUCUGGGUUUUGCUGCAUGUGCAGAUGCUAAAAAUGACGUCAUGCACAGAAGCGGCAACCCGCGCAGAUGUGUAGUCACGAGUUGCGUUCUACUCAGGAUGCAAACAGGGCUCCGGAACGGAUCCCAUUCGCACCCAGAGGUACCACUGUAUAGGCAAGUAUAUUGGAAGAAUUAAGGUAAACAGGGAGGCGGAAGAAAAGUGAGUUCGGAAUCUUGGUAGUGAAUGAUGAUUGGAUGAGAGUUUGAAAGGGAGUUUGAAUGCUGGUGGCGAGACAUAUGAGCUUUGAGCCAGAGUGGAGUUUGGGAGUGGGUGGUGGCAGAUUCGAAGCAGAGUUGCCUAUUUAGUGUGAUGUAGGCCAUUGUACCAGCCAUUGUUGAAGAGGAACGUUUUCACCUGGUGCCUAAAAUAUAUAUAAUGAAGGCGCCAGGUGAACCUCCCUAGGGAGAGCAUUCCACAAACAGGGGUGGGGGGCACUGUAGAAAAGGCCCAUUCUCUCUCUCUUUUUAAUAGUUUUUAUUGAAUUUUUCAUUUUUAUCAUAAUAAUAACAGUUGCCACCCUCCAGACCUCUCGUGGAGGAGGCACACGAAGAAGUGUUUAUACAUGAUCAACAUGGAACACGUACAUCUAAAAUUGCUUCUAAGAAGCUGAAAGUAAAGUGGAUGUAGUUAAGGCACAAUAGUUACCAUUUAACUAAAUGACAUUAUGCAAAACAAUUUCUACACAAGUUGUGUUUGAAAUGUUAAAGGCAGAUAGCUGACCGUGUGAUGGAACUGAGAAGACUUCAGGAUGUCGGAAGGAGGUCGACGAAUGAGAUCCUUGGGAAGCUCAACGCCAUCACCUCUGAAAAUGAGAAGAUUUCACUUGAAAAUACUAAAUUAAAGGUAAGGUCAUCUGCAAUCCGCAACUGUAGUUAUGCCAGUUUUAGUUCGGCGUUCCACUUUGGGGAGAGCACCUUAAUCCUUAAUUUUAGUUAUACAUUUCGAGUCUUGCCUGUCGGGGUUAGUAUCAUAGCAAUUUUACUGAUGGUUAAAUUGAAGCAGAAAUAUUUUUUCACCAGCUUUCUAAACACAUUCGGAAUAUUUAUACAGUGGUGCCUCGCAAGACGAAAUUAAUUCGUUCUGCGAGUUUUUUCGUCUUGCGAAGCAUGGUUUCAAUUUUUUCAAAAAAAUCUUCAAAAACCUCAAAAAAGGCUACCACACCGUGUGCUAUGAGUUGCUCCCCGAAGUCAAGUCGCAACUUCACCUCUUCAAGCAAUGCACCCUGUAUUACUGUAACGGUUUUAAGAAAAAGGAAACAAACUUGCAAGACAUUUCCGUCUUGCGAAGCAAGCCCAUAGGGAAAUUCAUCUCGCGAAGCAACUCAAAAAACGAAAAACUCUUUCGUCUUGCGAGUUUUUUGUCUUGCGAGGCAUUCGUCUUGCGAGGUACCACUGUACCACUCUUAUGUAUGAAUUAGGGACGCGGGUGGCACUGUAGGUUAAAGCACAGAGCCUAGGACUUGCCGAUCAGAAGGUCGGCGGUUCGAAUCCCCGCGAGGGGGUGAGCUCCCGUUGCUUGGUCCGUGCUCCUGCCAACCUAGCAGUUCGAAAGUGCAAGCAGAUAAAUAGGUACCACUCUGGCAGGAAGGUAAAUGGCGUUUCCGUGCUCUGCUCUGGUUCGCCAGAAGUGGCUUAGUCAUGCUGGCCACAUGACCCGGAAGCUGUACGCCGGCUCCCUCGGCCAGUAAAGCAAGAUGAGCACCGCAACCCCAGAGUUGGCCACGACUGGACCUAAUGGUCAGGAGUCCCUUUACCUUUACCUUUAUGUAUGAAUUACUCAGAAGUAGUUCCUUCAGUGGGACUGAGGUACAGGCAGAUCUGUUUAGGAUCGCGAUCCUGGCCUUGUCAUCUUGGUGAUAAUAUAAGUAGUUUAGUUUUACUUACGCUACACAAUUUUUGUUGUUGCGGCUUUAAUCAUUUUUUGGCAGUACAGUAUUUAUUAAAGACGUCUCCUUUCUGUAGGCAUCCUUUGCAUCUUUGGAAGCGAGCAUUGUCUCUGCGGAAGCUGAACUUGUGGACUUACGUGAGGAGGCACAGCAGCAAGAAAACAUAAUUGAACAUUAUAAAAAUGAGGCAAGUUGAUGUCUUGGGCAUGCAUAGAAUCCCACUACCUCUUGCAGAGAACAGCACCAUCACCAAAAUUCAUUCUGCUGGUAUAUUCCUAGGUCCAAACCAAAAUAUAUUCCAUAUAUGUUCAGCCAUAGCUGUCAAGUGUCACUUAUUUGAAGGGACAGUCCCUUAUUCCAGCACCAUGUGCUGCUGCUGUCCCUUAUUGAUGGAUGUCCCUUAAAUGAUGUCCCUUAAAUUUCAAAGGAAGCAUCUCCUCUCCCUCCCUCCCUGCCAGCCAGGGAGGAGGGAGGCUCCAACUGUGUUGCUUGGCUGUGUUGCUCACCCAAUAAGAAGUCUAAGAACGACUGGGGAGUGGAGCUUGCAUGCCUUGUGUGUGGCUAGUUAAUGCAAGCCGAGGGGGUUUUUGAAUGCUGGACGCCAUUUUGUUUCACGUGCUGCUGCAAACUUUGCAGUGCAAAGCCAGGCUGGGGAGCCAUCUUAAGUUGAGGCUGCAUAGUCCUUGUGGUGCAUGUGAUUCAGAUUCUAUUCAGUUGAACCUCUGGUUACAAAGUUGGUUGGACAGUGUUCUUGAAGCUACUCAGCAUGAGUUUGACCAGACUACAGGAGGACAGGAAGACUGGAGUGCCUGGAACAGGUGAGGCUGCAGGUCCCUUAUUUUGGCUGCUGGUCCCUUAUUUUCAAGGCUGCUAGUCCCUUAUUUUCAAAUCUGUAAGUUGACAGCUAUGUGUUCAGCCCAGACACUGAAGUCCAGCUCCAAGGGCCUUCUGCCGGUUCCUUCACUGCAAGAAAUGAAGCUACAGGGAACCAGGCAGAGGGCCUUCUCGGUAGUGGCGCCUGUCCUAUGGAGCGCCCUCCCAUCAGAUGUCAAGGAAAUAAACAACUAUCUGACUUUUAGAAGACAUCUCAAGGCAGCCCUGUUUAGGGAAGUUUUUAAUGUUUGAUGUUUUAUUCUGUUUCUAGUGUUCUGUUGGGGGCCCCCAAGAGUGGCUGUGGAAACCCAGCCAGAUAGGCGGGGAAUGUAUGUAUGUAUGUAUAGAUAAUGAUGUUUCAUUGCAUUAUUAUUAUCAUUAUUCUGUUGGGAGCCGCCCAGAGUAGCUGGGGAAACCUAGCCAGAAGGACAGGGUAAUAAUAAUAAUAAAAUUAUCAUCAUUUUUGUGUGUGUGCAUAUAAUAAAAUAUUUGUGUAUAUAAUUUAUAAUUCGUAAGGGAAAAAAUACAUAGUUUUAAAAAAUACAAUGUUCAUAUAUAUAUAAAAUAUUGUUCUAGGUGGGGAAAUUAGAAAUGGAAGCUGAGGAACUGAAAGCCAGGUAUGAGAAGGUCAUACAUGAAGGCAAAAAACUAAUGGAUGGCAAAGAUUUAGAAAUUGAUGUGGUGAGUAUAAUAAUAGUAAUAAUUUUAGUAGUUGUACCCCGCACAUCUGGCUAGGUUUCCCCAGCCCCUCUGGGUGGCUUUCAAUGUGGUAAUUAUAUGUGUGGAAGUUCUUUUUUUCACUUUUCUAGAAAAGACUAUGCAAGAUUCUCUGAUUACAGUUUAAACAUAACACAUUACUUUACUUAGCUUACUGAAUCAUAUUUACAUGAAAAUAGUUAUAGAACUAGAAAUAGGUCGAUAGAUAGAUAGAUAGAUAGAUAGAUAGAUAGAUAGAUAAUGAUAUAUUGAUACACGCACACACACACACACACGAGACUGGAAAAUAUGUACAGACUUAUAUUCUGAGUCACAUAGCAGCUUAAAACACCUGCCGCUCUCACAGUAAAACUCACUCUAUAUAUCAGAGCUUUCCAAACUUUUCAUGUUGGCGACACACUUUUUAAACAUGCAUCUUUUCGUGAUACAGUAAUUCCGUUUUACUAGCAAACCGGAGGUUAAACUAACCCCUUUCCAGCAAGAGAAACGUUUGUGCGACACACUGCAGCCGACACACUAAUGUGUCGUGACACACAGUUUAGAAAGCUCUGCUUUAUAUACUUUGACACAGCUUUGUUAUAAUGUUCAGAAACUUUUACCUGAGCGUUUAUAGUUCUUAUACUUUUAUUUUUACGCCAUGUUUGCAUGUCACGUAAACAAAGAUAUAUCUCCAUGCCACCAUGUUAAAAACAGUUUAAAUGAAUAAAAACUACCAAAAAAAACCCCCACACUCUCCACAGUUGGUAACAGACCUAACUGAAAAAACUGCCUACUGUAGAUUUUAUCACAGGAUUUUAUGCUACAUUAACCCUUUUGGGUACACCUCUCCCAUAUGCAGCCCGUAUAAAAACAUAUGCCUCCUACAGUAUAUUUUGUCUUUGUUCAAAUAUGUUUUAUAUUUAGUAGUUUGAAUAUGGGAGAGUGUGCAAAAUUACUCUCUCUCUCUUUUCUUUCUUUUUUCGCUUCUCCUUUCCCCCACUGACCCAACGCGGCUGCACAGGUGAGGGGCCAGUCGGAGGUUCGCUUGAAGGAGUUAGAACAUGCCCGUGAUUUACAGAAAGCAGCCGAAGGGAAACUGCAAAAGUGUCAGGAAAGCCUGCUGGCCUGCCAAAAGAGCUGUGUAGAUAAAUCCAAAGCCAUUAGGGAACUUCAGGCUCAGGUGCUUGGAGGAAAAUAUUCCUUUUCCCACAAAACAUCUAAACGAGCGUGCGAGGAAGGCUGGGAAACUCAGCGGUUUGCUUCUCGGGAUUCUUAUUUCUGAGUCGUUCAGAAGGGAAACUUCUUGCCUGCUGAGGGCACUCCUGUCACCUCCCUGUUUCCCGCAGCCCAAAUGUUCCAUUUGUAAAGCAAGUUGGUGCUUUUCGUGAGAUUGGUUUGCUCGAUUAGUUUGGAAGAGAGGCCAGUGUUCUUUCCGGGCUCAAUUUGAAGUGUUGGAUCUGACCUUUUCAAGCUGAAAAUGACCCAAGUCUAUCGAGUAUCGGGAACAUCCUCCUCUCUUGUGUGAACUUGUUCUUGUCUCUUUGAUGACAGGUGGGGAUGAGGGGAGAGGGCCUUUGCAGUUUGUGGUACCCCAGUUUUAGAACAGUCUGCCAAGAGACUUCCCAAGAGACUUCCCUGUCUGCUUUUAAGCGAGUCUUUAAGAUUGUUUCACUCUGGUGGGUUGCACCCACCUGAUUAAAUGGCUGUCAGGAUGGAGGAGCUUGCAAGGGGUGCUUCAGAGAGCAAUUUGCUCCAGUGAUGGCUAAUGCUUAAGGGAGGCGGUUGCUUCAGAGAGCAGUUUUCUAGUCUCUGAAGCACCUCCCACCCUCCUUUUUUUAUCUUCACUUCACUUCAGAAAGUUGCGAGACCAUAGAGGCUUAUGCCCUGGGUGAUAAUAUUCAGCUUUCCUAUGAGGGAACUUCGUAUGCAUCCAAAACAAGUUUUUGUCAUAUAUAGUAAUAAUAAUAAAAUUUUAUUUAUACCCUACCCUUCCUGGUUCUGAAAACUGGGCUCAGGGCAGCUAACAACAAAUUUAAAACACUUAAUUGUGAUACAAAAAAACCCAACAGCAUAAAAUACAGUAUAAAAGUGUGAAUAACAAUAAAUUCAAAGUUCAAAAAUCAAUUUAGGGGGAAAUCCAUCCAAUAAACAUUAGAUGAUCAUCAGGGCUAGCUGGCUAACCCUGUUUGGACCAGCGAGGAGGCCAGGGGAGAAUUAGCUGUGGGAUCCCAGAGCGGGUAAUAUUCAUAAAAAGGGAAGGAAGGGGAAUAAAAGAUCAGGCUAAAUUCAAAUUGAAAGCCGCAAUCUGUCUUACAGGCCCUGCGGAAGGAGGCUAGAGUCCUAUUUUUUGGUUAACAUAAAUUCAGGGCUUUUGUCAUGAAUUAGUCCUGGUGAUAAGUGAUGUGAGGAUUUGCAAAGAGCUAGCACCUCGUUUUCAGCCUACAGUUCUGUGGGUUAUGUCAGAAUCCCUGCUUUUACAGGUAGUCGAGAAUGACAGUUUCUUGAAACAGCUUGCUUUAGAAGAGGAGAAUCGCAACAUUCAGCUGAAAUACGAAGAUGUUAAAAGGUAGAUGUGACAUGUCUCCUGCCAUUCAGAAUUUCUUUCUUUCUUUUUCUUUCUUUCUGUCGUAACCCUACACUAACACUUAUACUUGACUUAAAAGAAAACUAGAAGAAACGGAACUAAAGAACAAAGAGCUUGAAAAUCAGUUGGCAAGCCAAGAAGAAUGCCUUCAGAAAACGGAACUGCAGUUCAAACAGAAACUUGCGAGCUAUGAUGCGUUAACCAGACAACUGGAAGCUGCUUUGGAAGAUGGAAGGAAGAAGGUAGGCCUCAUCUUGAGUGUUUUGAGUAUAUGCAUAUAUUUUUUUAUGUACCUGUUGUUCAUAUACAGAAGCCCCCCCCUCCCCCGCAAAAGAGACAGUUGCUUCUUUUCUCAAAACUCCAUUGAGCACACGAUUUCUGUGAGGAACUCUCUCCAGGCCACUCAACCCUUCCUCUGCCACACCUUCCACUGACUCUGCACCUUCCUCAACUGCUUUUGCCUGGCUGGAAUGUGUCAUUGAACUGUGGUGAUAGAGGAUAGAGAGGUGUUAGCGUGCGGCGUUUCAACCUCUGGCUUUUGCCUGGCUGGAGAGUAGCCUACUGCAGAAAAGUAAUCAUAUCUGUUGUCCCACCAACUUUUGCCGCACCUACCAAUGGCAUGCAGCCCCCCAGAAGGGGGGCUAAGACAUAUAAAUACAUUUUUAAAAUGCCAAACAUUAAAAAAAAAAAAAAUCCGUAUUUUUCAAUGCAUAAGAUGUAUCAGAUGACCCCUAUUAUUAUUUUUAACCCAAAAUUAAGAAAACAAAACCCUGAAAUAGAUUGGCAAGAGAAAGUUGUUGAGCUUUUGGGGGGCAAUCGCCUGCUGCUGAAGGGGAACCAAGGGGUAGGACGCCAAGGCAGAGCCCAUUUCAUGCUGUUGAGCAAACCGAGUUGAGGAAGGUGGGGAGCAGGGCAGGGGGGGUGUUUACGGGGAGAGAGAAAAGGAAAGAAGGGUGAAGAGAGGUAGCCAAGGCAGCUCUUGGCAGCGGCUGCUGUCGCUCCAGUGGUUGAGCCAGCAGGGGCUGUAGGAGGCAAUCCACUCACCAGCACAUAGCUGGAAGGGGGAGGAGAAAGAGGGGAUAGGGGCAGGAGAGACUGCUUCGGCCUGCCCAAGCCAAAAUCCCGGACAUUUGCUUAAAUAUUGGGGGGGAGCCAAUGCCCAUGUAUAAGAUGACCCCCAAUUUGUUACUAAAAUUUUAAAGCAGAAAAAACUUGUCCUAUACAUGAAAAAAAUACAGUAAUAAGUCAAAAAGUGCCCUUGAUUUAUUGGGCAGCUAUGCAUGCAUGCAUGUGGGACACGAGUGGCGCUGUAUUCUAAACUACUGAGCCUCUUGGGCUUGCCAAUCAGAAGGUUGGCGGUUCAAAUCCCCUCGAUGGAGUGAGCUCCCGUUGCUCUGUUCCAGCUCCUGCCAACAUAGCAGUUCGAAAGCAUGCCGGUGCAAGUAGAUAAAUAGGUAACACUGCAGCAGGAAGGUAAACAGCAUUUACAUGUGCUCUGGCUUCCGUCACGGUGUCCUGUUCCACCAGAAGCGGUUUAGUCAUGCUGGCCAUAUGACCCUGAAAAGCUGUCUACGGACAAAUGCGGGCUCCCUCAGCCUGAAGCAAAAUGAGCACCGCAUCCCCAUAGUCAGUCACCUUUGACUGGACUCAACCUUCCGGGGGUCCUUGGUCUUACUUUUUUUUAAUGCAUGCACAAGUAUAUGUGUGUGUAUACAAACACAUGCAAGUACUUGUUAAAAAUGCAGGCGGCAAUCCUUCUCUCACACUGGUUAGAACGCUUCUUCCAAGGUGAUGUCUGCUACGUCACAUGUGCAAAUCAUCUAAAAUGGAUGGGCAACUUAUGAUCCCACAGGUAUUGUUGGACUCCCAGCUUCCAUUGGUCCCAGCCAGCUUGACCAAUAGUCAAAGAUAAUGGGAGAUGGAGCCCAAGAUCAUCUGCAUGGCCACCUGUUCCCUGUCUCAAAAGUCAAAGAAAUUAUGUUUCCCACCGUUAGGCAUAUUUAAUCGCUCAAUUAAUUGGCUAGCAGCAUAAUAUUGUAUAUAUGUCUACUUGAAAAUCAGUCCUAUUGAGUCCAAUGAGGCUUAUUCCCCAGAAAAUAGAUAUAGGAUUGCACCUUAAAACUCAUAGGAUUAAUUAACUUAGAUUUCUCUAAUAGGGCAACCACUCCCUAGAAGUCACACCUUUUAUUUCCUCUAGACUUAGAUUGGUGGAUCUGUGGCUGGGUCAGAUCCCAGAAAAGGAUUAAAGGAUAUCCUUUCUGGAUGACAGAGUAUUGUGUGAGAAUAGUGAAUCUCCUAUUCCAGAAUAGUUCCUCCUUUUGUGCAAAUGCUAAUUCUCAAAAAGUGUUUUAUGACUCCCUAGAAGUCAUACUUCACAGCCUGAUUCCCCCCCGCCCAUGAGACAUUGUGGCACUGCAGUACAAGAAGUUUUUGGAUAUUUCUUGAAGAAUUUGAGCAACAGCACUAAUGUAUUUUCUCCUUCCACUCAUUAAUCUUUGGAAUCAAGCCACUAAUGACUCAUUGACGAGGGGAAAAGGUACUCUAUACAUGCCCCAAAGCAUUCUUUUCGUAUGACUGUUUACAUAUUCCAGGGUGAACACUGACAUUGAAAAUUGAUUCCAGACCUUAGUUCUGGCUUAAAUUAUGCACCAGGAAAAAAGACCCACCUUGAACUAAUCUCUAACUUAGGCUGGUUUCAUACAUUGAUUAAUGGCACUGCUGCCCCAUGAAAAUGAAAAUGUGUGGGUGAAGCAGUCUCCCAUGGGGUUCAGGUAGUUUUUACAGUGGUGCAGUUAAAAUUACCUGAACCACAUGUGGAUGAGAUCUUUAGACAAAUGCCUCUUAUGUGAAGCAGAAGUUCUCUUUGCAACUUGUUUUCGCCACCCCACCGUUAGUGUUUCCAAACACUAGCAAAAGUAUUCAGUUUUCAGUAUGCAUAUUUUAACUGAAAAUACGCAUUUCGGUGCACCGUUAUUAUUUUUAACCAAGAGCUACAUUGCAAAAUCUGGAAAAAUGUGAAGACCGAAGGAUAACGAUUCUUAAUUCCCAUAGGAGUCCAGGAAGUGCAAAUUAGGUCCUUUUGUUUAAGAAAUGCAAACCAAGCAAAACUGAGCAUUCCUAAUAAGGACAUCACCUCUCCCCCCCCCCCCCAAUAAUAAAGCUUUCUGGAGGUGUUUUUCUUUGCCAGUUUCUCUACUUACAUUUGGAAUAGGCAUCUUUUGUAAUGUGCCUAAGCAUUUUGGCAAGUCAGGCAUGCAUUUGUCCAGGAUAUCAUCCCAGUCACUGUUGUUCAGAGACUUGGGACAUUCUUAUCUAAGUGGUCCCCAUGUUAGAGGCACCUCCUGUGGACAUUUUUUAUAAUAAUUAUUAUUAUUAUUAUUAUUAUUAUUUAUACCCCUCCCAUCUGGCUGAGUUUCCCCAGCCGCUCUCAGAUGCAGAGCUCACUGACUGAGAAGACUCCUAUAUAGCACACCAACCCUAGCCAGCGUGAUUAAUUAUCAAGGAAGAUGGGGAGUUGUGGUUGAAAACAUCUGGAAAACUCCAGAUUGGGGGAGGCUGAUCCAACAGGUACCAAAGUCCCACAUACAAAGGCCUUUAAAGGUCAACACCAACAUUUUGAAUUGAACCCCAAAAUGGACUGGGAGCUAUUGAAGGUUUCAGAGCUGGCCUGAUGUGAUCUUGCCACUCAGUCCAUGUUAAAAAUCCAGUACAGUAUCUUUGUUCUGAAAUGGUUACAGUUUCUAGCCUGGCUUUAAGGGGAGCUGCACCACACAGUAAUCCAACCUGAAAGUUACCAGGGCAUAGAUAAUUUAGAUUUGAAUGAGGAAAAAGCAUAAAGCCAGUCGCACAAAUGUGGUAUUCAAUAAAGGCGAGAUAAUUUGUUAAUGUUCAUGUAAUACUUAAACUAGUAGUGUUCCUCUUGAUUAAAAAAUAAGAUCAUUAUCCUGCGAUUUUUAUCAGUACUCUGUUGAUUGGUAAACGUGAUCUUUCCCUAUCAGUCUUCCUUUUAUCAUUUUCUCAUGAAACACAUUUCAUCUUAAAUGAAAACCUCACUGCUGUUAACAUUUGGUAUUGCAACUUGAAAGGUAAGGGUUUUGAUUAUUACAUUUCGAUGGACAGUAUAUAGGUUUGACUCUUUGUUGUCACAGUUAAAAGAGGAGGUGGAAAAAAUCGCAUCUAAGGAGCAAGCCUUUCAGAUGAAAAUAUUGGACCUAGAGAAUCAAUUAAGACGGAAAAAAGAAGAGCAGAGGCACUUGUCUAGAAGACUGGAUGCUGUGAGUAGACUCCCAUUCCCUCAAGAAUUUUGUUCUGUGUGGAGCCAGGUCAUCUAGUCUAGCUCUCUCUUUUUGCUUUAAUGUUACUUUUGUUAUUUUAAGAUUAUUGUACAUUUGCCUGCUGUUGUUCAGUUUUAAGUGGGUAUAAUGUGGCGUAUGGUUCUUUUAUUACGUUUUAUUGUUACUGCAUUUUUGUGAAAAAUUGUAUACCAACUUGAAGGGGCAACUGUAUCCUAAAAUACGGCAUCAUAUAUCUGGUAAAGAAAUGGUCUAUUUCCCUUCAUGCUUGGUGGAAGGAUUGAAUUAGAUGUGUGCCUCUGCUGGUGGUGGCAGUUCCCCUUCCACUUGCCAUACGGGCAGUGCCAGGGUGGGGCUAAAACAGCCCAGGUUCCAAGCUGGCCCAACUCUGUCACAUGAUGCACUGCUGUCACAUGACGCACCAGCUCCAGGUUGCCCCUGCACCUUCUACCCUAGUUGGUAUGCUCUGGAGGGCUGCAAAUACGACUGUGGCUCUGCCACUGAGGCUAAGUUUGCACCCUCAAUAGGUUUUGUUUUUGCCCGUUUUUUUCGGCAGUAGCAGAAGGCGCUGCUUGCAAAUCUGUUGCUAGAGAAAUUCUCUGUAUGUAUGAGUGUGCGCAAACCCAUGAGGAAUUAUCUGCUGGGGACAGCUCAUUUAAGAGCAGCGGAAAGAAAACAACUUAACAAUAUUUGUACAUUUAGCUUGUCUUUUUUCUACCGCCGUGCAUCUAGCCGAUGGUUUGGGAGAUUCCAGCAGGGAAGCCAUAUGAGCCUGUUAACCACAAUCACAGACACAGGGCCUUUGGCACCCUAAAAACCAUCAGAUUUGCUUUGUGGCACCAGCUUCACGAAGCAUAACAUCUGUUAGCCUUUACGAACAUAGGAAGCUGCCUUUGUACCAAGUCAAAUUGUUAGUCCAUGUACCUCAGUAUUGUCUUCUGCAUGCAAAGCCUGUUCUCUACCACUAAGGACACACGUGUGUGUGUGUGUGUGUGUGUGUGUGUGUGGGGUGUGUGUUUGGAGUAUAUAUAAUUUCUUCCCCCCCAGCUAUUGAAGGGAUCAGUAGCUUCCCCCAUCCGCUGACCUUUAAUUUUAGUUUUGUUAACUGCUUCCAAGCAUCCCACUGGGACACAUGGUACAUAGGAAUCGUAGGCUGCAGGAUACUUCUUUCUCCAGCAGAACUCCCUUUCCUUCCACAUUUCAAGACUGGUAUAUUAUGUUUUAAGCAUUUUCCACUUCAAAUUUUACUUAGGCUGACAGAAUAAAUAUGAAAGCAAUAAUAUUCAUGCAUAAGUAGAGUGCCGUUGAGUUAACACAGAACAUAUUCUUAAUUCAUCUCACAUCCAUGCAGACACACAACGUGUACACAUAUAUAUUUAUAUUGGGAAUACAUUAUGAAAAGGGAAAUACAGAACAGAUUGUUGAAGUAAUUUGCUGGAAGUAGGGUUGAAUUGUAAAUAGUUACUAACAAGGCCCAGAACUGCUUAAACGUGUAUGAUUGUUAAAGGGUAUCACAAUAAUAUAAAAUAAGAAACCCAAGUCCCAAGAAAGUAAUUUGUUUGAUCGCUUUUAACCAGAAGUGAUUACUACACAUAAAAAUAAUGUGCAGCCCUUACAAAUUCUGGGACAGUUUUGACAUUUAUUCUAACCACAUGUAUUUUUAAAGAUUAUGUUCUAGUAAACAUAAAAGCAAAUCCUAAGAAUCCCGUGUAGAUUUUAUGGGGCUGGUGAAUUAUGAAUGGAUCCAAUAAAAGUACUAUAAAUCAUUUUGUUUUAACAAGUACCUAUGGUACCAAAAACAUAAUUUAAAUUGGUUACAGGUGCAGUCUUUUUUUUGUUUUUUGUUUAAAAGAAAAACAUGACUUCUGGGAUUGUAGUGGAUGAUGAUGCCACUGUUGCCUUUUCAUGAAAAGUUAGGUUGAACCUUUAGGAUUAGCUCUUGAUGGGGCUCUAUAGCCAUGUUUUCAAGUGGAAGGUUGGUUAGAGAUCAAGGUUAUUUGGGCUCCCUGGUGAAAAUAAGUUGAGUCUCUUGCUAGAGAGAAAAUACGUUAAGAUUUUUGGAACACCAGGUGCAUUUUUCAAGUAUUGGUUUUGAACUGAUAAAUAAUAAACAUAAAAAUAAUCCGUCUUAAUAGGUGUCCAUCAUUCCAUCUCUUUCUGAUACUCAGGUGCGAGUGCCAAUGCUUAUGUAAGUAAAAUGGCGCCAUUUGAGCACAAGGCAGAAAUUUCAGAAGCCCCAGCAAAGCCCUGACGUUUGUAGUGAAAAAAUAUUUAAGGGAGUCCAAAAACAGUCCAAUGAGAACUAAGCAUGAAAUACUAACUACGGGGAGGAGCACAGUGAGGCAGAAACCAGAUGGGAAGGAGAAAGAAUUGGAGACUUCUAGCAGAGAGGAUGCCUAUUCUCUGAGAUAGUAGACAGGAUGAGCGUUCCACCAUUUUGUUGUAGGCCUCACUUGAGUUUACUGAUACAGUUUCUUUGGUUUUCCCCCCUCAGAGAGAGAAACAUCGUCAAAUGUCCUUGAAAGAGUUGGAACACAGCCUUCAAAGAUCAGAAAACCAGAACCAGAGUAUCCAGAAUUAUGUGAAGUUUCUGAAAACGUCCUACUUAACCAUGUUCGGUUGAAGUUUCUCGCUUCAGCAAGUAUCUCCGGGGGGGGGGGGGGGCGGCAAGCAAACCAUGGUAAAGCAAGACUUGGGCACAGCACCAGACCAUAGUUUUUGCAAAACAAAGCCACGAUGGGUAAACCAGCAACAGGCAUUCAAACAAUCCAUAGUAAAUCAUGGCUUAGUAAACGAAGCCAGUUUCAAAAAAUCCUUUGGAUUGUUUUGUUUUUUGCAAAAAAAUUAAAAUAAAACCCUUUGCAAAUCAGUUACAACUAAGAAAACAGGCAGCUAGUAGAAAUGUGAAUGUAGAGUAUACUUUUUUUACCGAAAUGGUUUUUAAAGGACUCAACUCCUGAUAAUUAUAUUGGGUUCACUAAGAUUUCUUGGUUUAUUGACUAUGAAAAGUCAGCACUGACUUUGGUUUUACAUUUAAUUUAUAAUAAAAAAUUGAACAUUUUCCUUGC